AUGUCCGACCGAAGAGUAAUUGUAGUGGAGGUAACAUCGUCACCCCAGGAAUAUGAUGAGCGAGGUGCCGUGGAGAAGGAGAUUGAUCAUGUAGAAGCCAAGAUAGAAGGUCUGCAAGAGGACAUGGAGCGACUGGACAAAAGAAUAGACAAGCUUGAUCGGAAGACAGAAAAACUAAAUAAGAGCAAUAAAAAAUUCAAGAGAGUCAUAGAAUCGAAACAAGAUGGGGCAUCAAGAGAGGCGGUGGAAAGUGGACUUCAGACAUUGAAGGAAGGCAAAGACAGAUGUUCGAAAAACGAGAAGACGCUAGCCGAACUGGAGUAUAAGAUGCAAAGUUUGGGAAAGAAGGUACGGGAUUGGCAAAAAUACAGAGAGGCACUUAAGAGUCGUCAAGAGGAGAUGAGGUAUGACACCUGGAUGAGGUGUGAGGAGAGUUUGAGCUGGGAAGAAUGGAAAAGGAGUACUUACCAUCAAAGGAGUGCUCUAUUUGUAGUGGAAGGUAGAGCGACUUGGCCUGGCUGCUUCAUCACCGAUAACUUUCAGAUAUGCCCAGUGAAACAGAGAGGCGUGACAGUGAUCAGUUGCAAGCAACAGAAACAUGUUGAAUCGAACUACUGCACCGAAUCCCAUCCCAUCCCAAUCUUAUUUGGACCCUCCUCAGACGACACCAUGCCGGAAGACAGCCCCCAAGAGAACGCCGCACCAGAGAAUGCGCCCCAGAGCCUGGAUGCAAAUGCGCCUUUGGAUAUGGUUGUGUAUGAACCAAAGGCUGAAACUCAGAAUGAGCCAAAGGAUAUUCCACCCGAGGUUACGGCCGAAGAUUCACCUCCCCUUAUACCCCAGAACGUGCCUGAGAACUUGCCCAAGAACACUCACUCUAGACCUGAGAAGAAAAGUUCUCAGGAGGGCGCUUCUCACGAGCAAGAAUUUGUUAACAACGUACCUGAGGAGGCUGAACUAAGAAGGCAGAUAGUUAGAAGGGUUAACUUUGAGGAGAACUCACACGGCGGACGCUCAAGGGAGACAGAAUCUCCAGGAAAGGGAUCUCACGGGGGAGACUCUCGCCGAGGGGAGUCUCAUAGAGCAGACUCACGAAGACCAGACUCUUACCAGAAGGAAUCUCACAAGAAGGAUCCUCAUAAGAAGGAUUCUCAUCACUCACGCAAAUCUGAAUCUCACAGAUCGGAAUCUCGCAAGAAAGAUUCCCACAAAAAAUGCUCUCUCAGAUCAGACUGUUACAAAAAGGAUUUACACAGAUCAGAAUCACACAAGCCGAACCCUCACGGGAAGGACUUUCGCGAAAGAGACCCACACAAGUCAUCAAAGAAGAAGGAGUCUGACAAGAAAAUGAAGACCAAGGAUGCUACACCAGAGUAUGGACGAAUCUCUUUCUGGGCUACUGUAGCCCACCACGUUGACCGAACUCCUUACAUAAGAGAACCGGUUCAAACAAAGAGGAAAGGAAACUAA